GGCGCACCGGCUGCGGCUGCUGCAGCGGGACCCGGGAAACGGGGUUCCUCAACCCCCCCCCUCCCUCCCGGCGCCGCCCGGGCCGCGGGGCGAUGUGAACCUCAGGUGUGGUCCAGAGGGAUCCAAGUGACUUCUCAUCAGUUUGCCAUGAUACCCCACCAAGAACAGGACUGAAGUGGGAAUUCUUCCCCAUGCCCCUCCCAUGGUCAGCUCCCCAAUGGCCUGGGUGAGGGCAGGUUGGCUGCUCUGACACCAUGGGGAGCUGCUGUAGCUGCCUGAACAGAGACAGCGUCCCAGACAACCACCCCGCCAAGUUCAAGGUGACGAACGUGGAUGACGAGGGAGUGGAGCUGGGCUCGGGGGUCAUGGAGCUGACGCCGAAUGAACUGGUGCUGCACGUGCAUCGCCGCGAGGCCGUGCGCUGGCCCUACCUCUGCCUGCGGCGCUACGGCUACGACUCCAACCUCUUCUCUUUCGAGAGUGGCCGUCGCUGCCAGACAGGCCAGGGGAUCUUCGCGUUCAAGUGCUCGCGGGCUGAGGAGAUCUUCAACCUCCUUCAGGACCUGAUGCAGCGCAACAGCAUCAAUGUGACGGAGGAGCCGGUUAUCGUCACCCGCAACAGCCACCCUCCGGAGCUCGACCUCGCUCGGGGCCCCCUGCAGCCCAACGCUCUAGGCUACACUGUCUCCAGCUUCUCCAAUGGCUUUCCUGGCUGCCCUGGAGAGGGCUCACGAGUCUCUGCUCCCCGGCGACCCUCAACAAACAGCCUGCGACAUCCCUCGCUUGGGGAAGAGUCCACCCAUGCCCUUAUCGCCCCGGAUGAGCAGUCCCACACCUAUGUCAACACUCCAACUGGGGAAGAGGACCACCACAGGAGUCGCCAUUGCCUCCAGCCACUGCCCGAGGGCCGGGCCCCGCUCCCCGCACAGGCCCGGGGCUCUGACCACCGAGAUCCCCAAGUGUUUUUGCAGCCGGGCCAGGUGAAGUUUGUGCUGGGUCCCACUCCAGCUCGGCGGCAGGUGAUGAAGUGCCAAGGCCUGUGCCCCGGCCCGCACGACCCGUCCCAGCAUAACAACAACAACGAGGGCCCGUCGGAGUGCCCGGCCCAGCCCAAGUGCACCUAUGAGAACGUGGGCGCGGGGCUGCGGCGGGGGGCUGGCUGGAGACUGAGCCCCGAGGAGCCGGGCUGGAGCGGGCUGGCGCACCGCCGGUCUGCGCUGCUGCACUACGAGAACCUGCCCCCGCUGCCGCCGGUGUGGGAGAGCCAAGCCCAGCAGCUGGCCGGGGAGGCCGGGGACGAUGGGGACUCCAGGGACGGGCUCACCCCCUCCUCCAAUGGCUUCCCUGAUGGAGAGGAGGAUGAGACCCCGCUGCAGAAGCCCACCAGCACCCGGGCCACCGCCCGCAGCCAAAGCAGCUUCCCCGUGCCACUGACCCGCCGCCGUGGCUCCCCGAGGGUCUUCAACUUCGAUUUCCGCCGGCCGGGCCCUGAGCCCUCAAGGCAGCUCAACUACAUCCAGGUGGAGCUCAAGGGCUGGGGCGGGGAGCACGCCAAGGGGUCCCAGAGCCCCGCCGCGUCCCGAGCCCCGGGGCCGGCCCCGCACCCAGCGCGCAGCUCAGACUCCUACGCUGUGAUUGACCUCAAGAAGACCGCGGCCAUGUCCAGCCUGCAGAGGGCGCUGCCCCGAGACGACGGCACCGUCCGCAAGACUCGGCACAACAGCACCGACCUGCCUCUGUAGACCCGGCCCGGGCUCGGGGCUGCUUUGCAGAAGGCACUGAGGCGGGCCGAGAUGCUUCCCUACGCUGCCGGAGCCCCCAAAGAUGUCAGCCACUGAGUGUCCGGGUCCCCAAGCCAGGGAAAGGAGAGGGUGGCCAGGUGAUGAGGGAGCCGCAGCAUAAACUGUGACGGCUCCCACGGUUGCAUUCUGCACCCUCCCCUAUGUCCGUAUGUCUUGUCUGUCGGCUGUCUGUCUGUUUUCUGUUUUGUUGUGUUUUUUUUUGUUUGUUUGUUUUUGGUUGGAAUUUGGAGACAUUUUGUACCUGUUGGUU